AAACCCUCCUCGAGCCUUCUCGGCGUCGAUCCUACGCGCGUUUGGAAACCUUUUAUAAGUCGGCGACGAUUUCGCCCCGGGACGAGCGGUUAAGCCAUGUCGCCGCCGACUUCUUCAUCCCCCGCGUUGUCGGCGGCGGCGUCGUCGUCGUCGUCGUCGCCGUCUUCGUCUUCUAGAAGCUCCGAGAUCCGGCGCGACCCCGUAUUCGACCGUUGGGUCAUCUUCUCCCCCGCGCGAGCUCGCCGACCCUCCGACUUCAAAUCCCACUCCCCCGCCUCUAACCCUAACCCUAACCCUAACCCUAACCCUAGCAAGCCCUCCUGCCCCUUCUGCAUCGGCCGCGAGGGCGAGUGCGCCCCCGAGAUCUUCCGCCUCCCCCCGCCGCCCUCCGGCGUCGCCGACGCCGCCGCGGCGUGGAAGAUCCGGGUCAUAGAGAACCUCUACCCGGCUCUCCACCGCGACCUCGAGCCCCCGAGCUCCGUUCCCGAGCUGGGCCCCUGCGCGAUCCCGGGGUUCGGAUUCCACGACGUGGUGAUAGAGACCCCCUACCACUCCGUGAACCUGUGGAAUCUCCCGGCGGAGGAGAUCGGCGAGGUUCUUCUCGCGUAUAAGGAGCGGAUCCACCAGCUCGAUCGUCAUGGAUCGAUCAAGUAUGUACAGGUUUUUAAGAACCACGGUGCAUCAGCUGGGGCCUCAAUGGCACAUUCACACAGUCAGAUAGUCGGCCUUCCUGUGGUCCCUCCCUCAGUUUCUGCUCGCCUUAACUGCACAAAGGAGUUUUUUGAUAGGACAGGGAAGUGUAGCCUUUGCGACAUUCGAUCAAAGGAGAUUUUGAUUGAUGAGACAAGCCAUUUUUUCUCAAUUGUUCCUUUCGCGGCUUCUUAUCCAUUUGAGAUAUGGAUUGUCCCUCGGGAACACAUCUCUUAUUUUCAUGAACUAGAUCAUAAGAAGGCUGUCGAUCUUGGUGGAUUAUUGAAGCUUAUGCUGCAGAAAUUGUCGAAGCAGCUGAACGACCCACCAUUCAAUUUCAUCAUCCACUCUGCUCCAUUUCAAUUACCACAGUCAUGCUUGCCUUACACUCACUGGUUUCUCCAGAUAGUGCCGCAGUUAAAUACACCAGCCGGGUUCGAGAUUGGGAGUGAAUGUUUCAUUAAUCCAGUAUUCCCAGAGGAUGCUGCGAAGGUUUUGAGGGAAGUCAAUUGCUAAAUAUAAAUUGGUUUGACCACGCAUUACUUUGUGAGAAUAAAACGGGUAUUUUCUUUGUAACCCAUUGUCUGGAUGUAGUCAUCCUAACUUAUCAAAUUACACGUAGUUCGUAUACACGAUUCUAACUGUCUUAAGCAUUGAGAAUAAUUCUUGUCGAGGAGUACGUGCCUAUUAAACCACUGGUAACAAGGUUUUGCUUCUUAUCGGUAUUGUUUCCCAAACCUGCUGUGAAAGAGAAGCUAGGAUCAGAUUCAUGAGCUAAUGCCUAGUUUAUUA